AUGAUGGCAGCGAUGAUGGCGAUGUCGAUGGCCUCGCCGGUAACACAGAGGGAUAUCGGCGACCAGGAAGCCGAAGAAGUGUGCAAGCCAAUGUACCGGGGCACGCUUGUGCUGCAUGACGGGGAGAACACAUACGGAGUGAAGGAGGAGGGCGUGAUGUACGGUGCUAAGUUCGUGAAGAAACAAGACGAGGUCAACAACGACCUGAAGUACAAGUUCUUGGACUGCAAGAAGGGAAAGAAGGGAAGCGAGAAGCGGUAUGGAGUGUUGGAGCUGGACCAUUCCCCAGAUGAAUGUGUUCUUGGAAGCACAGUGGAUGGCUCGAAGAAGGCGCCGGCGCUGGUUGUGGGAAUGUGCGGAUACAACGGGGACCACGAGUUUGCGGCGACGCGGGAAGGAAAGGAUGUCAAGUUGACAUAUGUACUCGAAAACGGUACGGAACAUGAUGGAUGGGAGUCGAAGAAUGCGACGGGUAUGCACGUCAAGUCGAUCAGGAUGGUGAAAGGAAACGGGAAAUGGAUGGGUCUUGCAGAUGUAGAGGAGCUAUAA